AUGAGAUCGAGAUUACCAUUCGUUAUCGCCCUCGCGGCGCUCAUUUUGCUCGUUUUUGCUGAUGACGACUCGGAUUCGGACUCGGACUCUCACUCCGAUUCUGAAUCCAUCUCAAGUCCAACCUCGACGCACACAAACACCACCAUCUCCGCAACAUGCUACAAUCUCGACGGCUCCGAAGCGACCGACCACGUCCCCUGCCAGUCCGGUGACGUGGCAAACUGCUGUAAUGCGGGGGACAUCUGCAUGUCGAACGGGCUCUGCUUCCAGCAGGGCGAACGCGGGAUGGUUCUUUCGCGCGGGAGCUGUACAGAUCAUUCCUGGGGCGCGAGGUGUUAUGCGCCGUGUUCGGAUUAUCAUCGCAGUGGGACUGUGGCGAUUGUCAAUGUCGGGUUCGAUAGCGAGGGGCCGGAGUAUUGUUGCGGGUCUGUCACUAUGGAUGGAGACAAUGAGGAGAUCUCCUGCGAAUACGGAACUGGGCCGUUCAGCAUACCCCGCGGGACAGCGAUCCCAGGCGUCGCGGGGUUGUCAGACUACCACCCAAAAAGCGACGACGACAAGCACGACGGUGAAGAUGACGAAGACGACGACGAUGACCACAAACGCGUCUCCCCUGGUAUAGCCGUCGCGCUGGGCGUCGGAAUCCCCAUCGGCCUAUUGAUCAUGGGCGGCGUCCUCUGGGCAAUCUGGGAGCGGCGGCGGCGGCAGCUGCGAAUCGAAGAGGAGGACGGGCGGAGCACGAGCGGGAUGACGCUGACGAACAUGAAGAUGCCCGGGCUGCAUCAUCGGUAUGGGCCUGUGGCAUCGCCGGUUCCGACGUGGAGUGGGCGGGCGACGCCGACGGGGUCGCAGUCUGUGUUGCUUCACCCGGUCACUUCGAGUCCGUUGAAUAGCCCGCCGAGUAGUCCGCCGCAGAGUCCGCCGAGGGAGGGAGAGAGGUUUCAGUUGCGGGGUGAGAGAGAGGGGAAUGAGAGGAGGUGA